GUGCGCUCCUUUCCCACGAAGGUCGCUUUGAAGCUGGUUUGGGUCUGGCUUGGAGAUUCGGAGCCAAAAGGAUCUCCUGGAGAGCUGGUCACAGGCACGCACUUGGAAGAGAUGGAGGUCCUCGGCAGCUACACCCGAGACUUGCCUUACGGUUACGAUAGCCUCCUCGAGAAUCUUAUUGAUGUGUCCCACGUUCCUUUCGCGCAUCAUGGCCUUCAAGGAACCCGCGAUGAUGCCAUCCCCAUUUCGAUGACGAUUCCAGAGACCAAGAAGUCUUCUGAGAUUGGCGACCUUCUGAAUUUCACCUUUUGGGACCGCACCAUGGGCCUGAAGCGCGAGGCAAAGUUCUCGCUUCGCUCGCCAUUCUUUUUCUUCUACCUUGGUGAGUUCCUGAGCGACGAUGACUCGGAGGAGUACAAGAAGUUUGCCGCCCGUCGCGGCACGGACGCCGACGGCAAACGACGCUUCCGUCUAAACGUCUGCUGCAUUCCGGUCGGUCCUGGCUGGUCACGACUGAUCCUCUUCGACACGGGCCUGCCAGGAGCAGGGGGCAUUCGACGCAUGCUUCCCACAUGGCUCGUACACCUCAUCUCCAACCGCUUCCUGGAUAGCGAUUUGGCCUUCCUCCACUACCAAGAAAGGAAGCUGCGCCAGGCGCCAUACUCUUCCGAAGAUUGGUCGAACUCCUACUACAUGCCAGGAGAGAGUGAUCGAAGCAUCAGUGCUUGGCGUGCCUGGCUGAAGAAGGAGGGCGCUCACUGCGUCGACCCUGAG